AUGAGGUUGCAAUGGGCUAAGCUUCUGCUUGGGACCUCAAUCGGAGGUGCAAAUGCCGUGAGCACCUUCAUGCAGGAGGCGAUGUAUGGCGAGCGCGUCUCUGGUUACGGUCCCGUUGACGAGCCGUCGUGGACACCUUCUUUCUACGAUGAAUCGCCUCCUUAUCAGGGUAUUCGCAUUGCUCGAACAGACUGGAGCAUGACCUGCAGCAGCUCAAAGGCCAAAUACCCUUGCGAGAAUAUCAUCGACGGCACUAAUACCAGUUCCUGGCGAAGUAAUUCUGAUCCAAAGGGACACAGCGUCACAAUCGACCUAAAGAGGCACUACACCGUCAGUGCCCUUGUUGUCUUGCCUCCAAUCGACACAGAAACCGAUGGGUUAAUUACCCAGCAUGAAAUCUAUGUCAGCACCAAUAACGAAGACUGGAAGGGUCCGGUCGCAUACGGAAUGUGGCCUACAACGAACAGACAGCGAUUGGCUGCCUUUGAGCCCGUUACUGCCCGCUAUGUGAAGCUCAACACUAGCUCCGAAGCCACGGAGUCAUCGUGGAUUGGAAUCUCCGAGCUUAACAUUUACGCGACACAAUACACUAUUCCCCAAGAUCCGAAGCUUGGUGUCUGGGGUCCGAGCAUCAAUUUCCCGAUCGUGCCUGUUUCUGGUGCCCAGGAGGCCUCCGGUAACAUCCUGCUGUGGUCCUCGUGGGACGAUGACCAAUUCCACUCCACUCCCGGUGGUAAAACAGUGAUGACACAGUGGAACCCUUUGAAGAAUGAAGUCUCCAAACGCACCGUUUCCAAUACCCAACAUGACAUGUUCUGCCCUGGCAUUGCUAUUGAUGGUACUGGCAUGAUUGUUGUGACUGGUGGCAACGAUGCCUCCCAGACUAGCCUUUACGACCAGGCUAACGAUGCGUGGGUAUCGGGCCCCGAAAUGGCGCUUCGACGUGGAUAUCAGGCAUCCACAACCCUCUCCGAUGGACGCGUUUUUGUCAUCGGUGGCUCUUGGGCCGGAGGCUCAAACUUCCCCAAGGAUGGAGAGGUCUACGACCCGCUCACCCGAAACUGGACCCUCCUCCCCGGUGCUAAAGUCAAGCCCAUGCUGACGCAAGAUAUGGAGGGGCCUUGGAGAGCGGAUAACCAUGGUUGGCUCUUUGGGUGGAAGAAGCAGAGUGUCUUCCAAGCCGGUCCUAGCAAGCAAAUGAACUGGUACUUCAUGAGUGGGGAUGGCAGUGUCAAGGGUGCCGGAAACCGCUUGGAGGAUGAUGAUUCCAUGUCUGGCAACGCCGUCAUGUUUGAUGCUUUAGCUGGCAAGAUUCUCACCAUCGGUGGCUCGGAGGAUUAUGACAAGUCCUGGGCCACGAACCACGCGCACGUCAUUACUCUUGGUGAACCCGGCGCUAAGCCGGACGUGAAGCCUGCUGGCGAGGGUGGAACCAUGCAUCGACAGCGUGUCUUCCAUACCUCUGUCGUUCUGCCGGACGGGAAAGUCUUCAUCGCGGGAGGACAAACCUUUGGUGUUGCUUUCAAUGAGGAGAACGUGCAGUUUGCUCCAGAGCUGUAUGACCCGGAAACCGACACAUUCACCGAAUUGACCGAGAACAACAUCGUUCGCGUCUAUCAUACUGUGUCAAUCUUACUUCCGGACGGUCGGGUCCUCACUGGCGGCGGAGGACUUUGCGGCAACUGCUCUGCCAAUCACUAUGACGGCCAGAUCUUCACGCCACCGUAUCUCCUGACUGACAACGGUGAGCCCCGUCCUCGACCCGAAAUUACAGAACGACUGCCACGCUCGAUCCGGGUUGGAAAGAAUGUCUUCUUCUCUGCAAACGGGGAUAUUCGGUCUGCAUCCCUGGUCCGUCUCGGCAGUGCAACGCAUACAGUCAACACUGACCAGCGCCGUAUUCCUCUGGUUCUAAAACGCAGCACCCUGCUUCGAAAGUGGUCAGUCGCAAUUCCCACUGAUCCAGGCAUUGUCAUCCCUGGGUAUUGGAUGCUGUUCGUAAUGGAUUCAAAUGGAACACCAAGUGUUGCAAAGACGUUUUUGAUUACGUCCGAUGAAAAGGCCCUUGAAGAGAAUGAAUCUUCUUCUUGGAUAAUGCGAUUUGAGCUGGUGAAGCGCUUUUUGGGGGUUUGA